ACUUUAAUCAGUUUGAGUAGAUUCAGGCGAAAACAGACGUUUACCAGCUGUCUGCUUCACCCGUCUCCAAAAUUCAAAGUUUUUAAAAAUAGAAAAAAAAAGUACCACUCCCAAGGAAACCAACAUCUCCAUCUCGCACCCAUAAUGGACCACUCAUUUCCCAGCAUGCCAACAAAUAUGUAUCCGGAGUGGAGUGACGCACGCACCUCAAGCAGUUGCAAUGGAAAUCUCAUAGAGCCAAAAAUGGACCUGUUCUUCUUGAUGAGAUCAUAUCCGUUUCCACUGCCGCCCCUUCAUUCCCGUAGCGAAUAUCGCUGGAGCCUCGAGGGAUCUCCGCUGUCGGAUGACGAGAAACGUGCUUAUAACGCUUCCAUGAUCGAGUAACAAUAGAUCGUAUCACGGAGCCUGUAUGAUGCUGGUGAAGAUUGGCCCACAAUGGCCAGUGAACGUCGGGAUUGAACUGGAAAUAUUAUUUCAAUAGAGCAGCAGCACCUACUCUCAACCCGAAACUCUUUUUGUGAAUUAGGCACCCAAAGAUUCUAAUUUCGUGGACUCUGCUGUUGGAACCGGCGUGUGCUCAGCCUGAGUGUUGGUGUAUGUGUGCUUAUGCUGCUUUGUUAGUACAUUUUUCAUAAUUUA